AUGUUCACCCAACCAAUUAAAGUGCGCAUCAAUUUUUUUAGUUCAUGUUUCCGUGUUCUGUUUCGUGUUUGUCUCAUCUUUCUAAUAUUUUCAACCUUUUAUUUGGCAUUUCGACAGCUGCUACACUUAAAAAGGAUAAACCAAGCUUGGGAGGAGGAUUCAAGGCCUUUAAGGAAUUUUACCUCAAAAUUCAAAAAUAUGGAACACACUUACUCCUUACAAGAACCACUCAAUCCUCCUUGCAAUAAUGAUACAAAGGUGUUCAUUUUGGUGCUCUCAAGACGAGAAUCUUAUAUUAACAGAGAAGCUAUUAGACUAACAUGGCUUAAAGAUAGGGUAAAUUUAAGCAUAUUUUUAUAA